CAGAAGAAUGUUCUGCAGGGCUGCGAGAGAGAGGUAGAGGUUCGCGUCUCUUCUUGCCUCUUCUGUUCCCUCUCUUCUUUUAACGUCGAAUACGGUUGUUUAGAGCCGCGCUCCAACAAAGGUUUCUGAACAAUUGAGAAAUAAUGCAAACUAAAUAUGUUGUUAUCCUUUGAGAUGGAGAAGAAUUUAACAGAAGAUGACUGCGUGGAUUCAGGAGCAGAGACUGGAGGGUCUGAUUACAGUCCCAUGUCUUCAGCGAGCAGUGAGUUAUCCAUGGUGGAGCUGCAGGAUCCCUUCCUGGUCAGUGUUCACCUCAUUACUGACCCGGGCCAGGCCAAGUCCCUGCAGCAUGCUGCCGACACUGUCCUGGCCUGGGUCCACCCUGAACUGCAGCUCUUCCGCGUCUCCGAGAGAGCCGCCUGGCAACAAAAACCCAAGCGCCAAUCAUGUCAUGCUUCAGCAUCUUUUUCAGCCAAUCACGGCCCUCCGCAGUGCCAGCCGGCGCUGGCCGUCAUCCUCUUCCUGCAGGAGCAGUACGGGGGUGAGGAUCAGAUCGUGACGUUACACCGUGCUCUCCAGCGUCCACCAUGGCACUUCCACCACACCGAGAGGGUCAACAACGGCCGUAGGAUGCUCCCGCUUACUCCCUGCAGCCAAGACUUCUUCACCCUGGCCCCGGGGACUCCGCUGUGGGCGGUUCGCCAGGUCCACUACGGCAAAGAGAUUGUACGCUUCACGGUCUACUGCCGUUACGAGAGCUUCCGGGACAUGGUGCGCAUGUACCGGAUGAUCCUCCAGAGGAAGCUGGCCCAGAGGAAAGAAGACUUUUGUUUUUUCGUGGUGUACUCCAACCCGGAUACCGAGAUCCAGCUGUCAUUCAAGCGGUUGCCGAGGGGCCAGAGCCCCGCUCCUACGGAGUCGGCGGUGAUAGAGAUGAGGGUGAGGGACGUUGGGGCGUUGGUGCCCCUCCUGCCGUACCCCUGUACCCCCAUCAGUGAGGUACGCUGGCAGACUGAAGACUACGAUGGGAAUAAGAUACUGCUGCAGGACAACGACUCUAAGCACACAGUCAAGACAACGCAGGAGUUGCUUAGAGACAAGUCUCUGAAUGUCCUUGAGUGGCCCCGCCAGAGCCUGGACUUGAACCCCGUCUACCAUCCCUGGAGAGACUUGAAAAUAGCUGUGCAGCGAUGCUCCCCAUCCAACCUGAGAGCUUGA